CCCCAGGGAAGAAGCUGGCCAGGAUUGGCACGUUGGAAACAGGAACCAGUCCUGGCUCCAGCACGCGCCUGUCCUGGGCUCAGAGACAUGGCAGGGUCACCAAUGAUGGACGCAGAGCCCUCUCUGUUGGGUGGCUGGCUGGACAAUGGCUCUUGGACACCAUUGCCCACUGCUGCCCCCCACCUGGACAUGAGCACGCCGAUGGGCCCUGGCAGGAGGGGGCUAUGGAUCUUUAAUAGCAGUGGGGAGGACACAUCACCCCCAUUCCUGACGGAUGCUUGGCUGGUGCCACUUUUCUAUGCCCUCAUCAUGCUGCUGGGGCUGGUGGGCAACUCGCUCGUCAUCUAUGUGGUGUCCAAGCACCGGCAGAUGCGCACAGCCACCAACUUCUACAUCGCAAACCUGGCGACCACAGACAUCAUCUUCCUGGUGUGCUGUGUCCCCUUCACCGCCACACUCUAUCCCCUGCCCAGCUGGAUUUUCGGUGACUUCAUGUGCAAACUCGUCAACUAUCUGCAACAGGUGACAGCACAGGCCACUUGCAUCACUCUGACAGCAAUGAGCAUGGACCGCUGCUACGCCACCCUUUACCCGCUGCAGUCGCUGCGCUACCGCACCCCAUGUGUGGCCAUGGGCGUCAGCGUGGCUAUUUGGAUCAGCUCCUUCCUUCUCUCGCUGCCCAUAGCCAUGUACCACCGCACUGAGGUAGGCUACUGGUAUGGGCUGCGCACCUACUGCAUCGAGGCCUUCGCCAGCAAGAGCCAGGAGCGCAGCAUCAUCCUCUACACCUUCCUGGCUGUCUACCUGCUGCCUCUGCUCACCAUCUGCCUCUGCUACUCCAUCAUGCUCACGCGUGUGGGGCGCCCCAUCGUGGAACCCAUCGACCACAACUACCAGCAGGUACAGCACCUGUCCGAGCGCUCUGUUGCCAUGAGAGCCAAGGUGUCCAAGAUGGUAGUGGUGAUCGUGGUACUCUUCACUGUGUGCUGGGGCCCCAUCCAGCUCUACCUCCUUUUUCAGGGCUUCUAUGGCAGCUUCCAGGCCAACUACGAGACCUACAAGAUCAAGACGUGGGCCAACUGCAUGUCCUACGCCAACUCCUCCAUCAACCCCAUCGUCUACGCCUUCAUGGGUGACAGCUUCAGGAAGUCCUUCAAGAAGGCUUUCCCCUUCCUCUUCCAGCGCCGGGUGCGAGACGGUGCUGUCCUCUCUGGCUCCCACAAUGCCGAGAUGAAGUUUGUCAUUGAGGAGACCUAGUCCCAGCCCCAGUCGUGCCAGCCCUGUGCGGCCUGCUCCUCCUGGCUGUGGACACUGAGGUGGUAAAUCCAAUAUGCCUGCCGGGCCACACAGACAUUGCUCAGGGCAAGAGGCACCAUUCAAUGGAAGCUGUGGUGGCUAGCUGUUCAGAAUCCCUGGCUUGGAAGGGGCCAAUGAUAGUCAGGGCCAGGGGUUCUUCCCAAAGGACUUUCUUAUUUGGGGUUCCUCUGUGCUCAGGCUGAGGCAUCCUCACAGUCCAAAUACUGAGGCAACCAGAAACGAGUGGACACUUUGGGAAGUGUGUGUCCUAAGCCAGAUGCCUCCCUUCCCCCCGUCGUACCAGUGUCCUCGGCACAUCCUCGUAGCCUUGAGCAUCCCUGCUGGUGCCUCAGGGAUCUGCCCAGAGCAUCUGGAAAUAAAGCUCUUUAGCUUUGUAAG